AUGUCAACUCAAGCUGUGGUUGUCCCCAAACUAUUCCAGCCCCUUCAGAUCGGAGAUAUUACCCUUCAGCACAGAGUUAUUCUAGCUCCCCUCACCCGAUUUCGCGCUAAUAAGGAACACGUACACCAAGAUAUCGCGGCAGAGUACUACGAACAGCGCGCCGAGGUCCCUGGUACUCUGCUGAUUACCGAAGCUACGUUUAUCGCUGCCGAAGCUGGAGGGUACAAUAACGUACCAGGAAUAUGGAGUGAUGAACAAAUCCAGGCAUGGAAGAAUGUAGUGGAUCGUGUUCAUGCCAAGGGAUCGUACAUCUAUCUUCAACUGUGGGCCAUUGGUCGUGCUGCUGAGCCGGACGUCAUCCACGCCGAAGGAUAUCCUUAUGUCUCUUCUUCGCCUACUCUAUUAGAAGGACGUUCCGAGGUUCCCCAAGAACUGACCAAGGAGGAUAUCAAGAGAUACGUUGGGUUGUAUGUUCAGGCGGCCAAGAACGCGGUUCACAAAGCUGGGUUCGACGGAGUCGAAAUUCAUGCCGCCAACGGAUACCUGCCCGAGCAAUUCCUUCAAGACACCUGCAAUCAGCGGACCGACGAGUACGGCGGCUCCAUUGAAAACCGUGCUCGCUUCGUUCUUGAAAUCACUGAUGCAGUAGUGGAGGCUGUUGGAGUAAAGAAAACUGGCAUUCGGUUUUCACCGUGGAGUCGGAUGCGUAUGAAAGAUCCAAUUCCAACAUUCUCUUAUGUUCUUCGUGAACUUUUGAAGCGUCAUCCAGACUUGGCAUAUGUCCAUUUUGUUGAAUCUGUUGUAGCAGGUGAUGGUGAUGCCGAUCCAGUGCACCAAUUACAGGCCGAAUCCAACGAUUUCGCCCGGGAGAUUUGGGGGAGCCGGCCGUUCUUUAUUGCCGGAGGGUUCAAAUUGAACACGGCGCUAGAGGUGGUUGAAAAGUACGAGCAGACCGCCGUUGCAUUUGGACGACUUUUUAUUGCCAAUCCCGACCUCCCUGCCAGGUUGCAGCAAGACCUGCCCCUCAACGCAUAUAACCGCGCGACCUUUUAUACCCCCGGGGCAGUUGGGUACACUGAUUACCCCAAAGCUCAGAAGGUGGCCAUAGCCCAGAAAGUCGAAGCGUGA